CGGCUUGGUAGUCUUUUCAGCCCUCGAUCCGCAGUCCAACGCGAUCCGCAGACUUCGACGGUCGCCUGUCUGCCCGACGUAAUUUUUCCGCCGUCGCCGUUCACCGCGGAUUUUCUUGAUCGCCGCUCCGCUUGCCAUACGUGUUUACUCUAGUCCGAUUACAUUGAUCAAUUGCACGCACAUUCUUCCGAAUAUUAAUGCGGGGUAACAAAGCGUUAGAUAAACUCGCAGACACUGUAAGCCCGCGAAGUUACAAUAAUUUCGGAGUGAACUCUUUAUUUUGUUCUCCUGUUGUUUAAAAUAAUUUGUCUGUCGCGCGUGCAGAUUUGUCGAAACAUUGAAGAAGUGAUGCUUUAGAAAAAUAUGAGGCAGUUGGGAUUUUUAUUGUCGGAAACUGUACAGUGAAAUGCCGAAAUUAUUUCGCCCGCGAGUCAAGGUUGAGACGAAAGUCGUUUAUUGUGCUUGAGAAGAAAGCGAUUCUCAUCGAAGAUGAGAAAUCAGGCGACGCUAGCAUGAUCGACAUCGGUGCGAUUGGUAUCCUGACACUCUUCCUGAUCCUCGGCAAUCUCGAGGCGGUCACAGUCGUGAACCACCAUUCUGACGAUGAAUACGUCCUGGAGCACGAAGUCCUUCGCAAGGACGCGCUCGCUGAAGCGAAGAAACUGGAGCUAUAUCCUGCCGGCAUGGACGAGAAAGGACCCAUUCCGGGAUGCAAGUCUUGCACCUACUCCGAGAUGACUUACUGCGAGAACGGCAGCGUUAUCAACGAUCAUUGUUGCUGCGACGGCAGUUUCAAUAAAGUGUUUCCCUUCGUCGAGCACACUUGUCGCGUGGGACCAGAGGAAUGCAAGGUGCACGCUGGAGACUGCGCGGAAUACACGCGACUGCGGGAAUGCUGUUGCCAUUCGUACUUGGCCUCCGCUUGGAAAUACAUGGCGAGUGGUGUAGAAUCGCGGGCCAGUAUAAAUUUCAUAAAAUUCGUGAUUAUCCUAACGAUUCUCAGGUUACAUCUGUUAUUGGCUUGAAACUCACCAAAAGUUUUGUAUAUCAUAUUAAUUAUUUUAAUAAAUUGUUUUUUAUAUCGACUCAAGAGAACUGGUACUUCUUUGUAAUUUGAUAAGAAGUGAUUUUGACUUGAAUGACUCUGAACUUGAAUUAAGAAAGUAAAUAGUAGAAUAGGUAGAAUUUUAUCGUUCUAAAAUGUAAAGCGAACGGAAUUAGGAAACAAGAAAGGGGACAGUAUUUAUGUUCCCUCUCAUUUAAUUAUUUUUAAUACAAUUUUCCAAGACAUGUUUAUAGAACAGAUACUAAUUGCGAUAAUAAAUUGUGUAUAUGUACAAAGAAGGUCUGUAAAUAUAUUUUACGCAAAU